UUAGCUCCCGGAAGUCUUCUUGCAAAAACUUGUUUAAAAAGGAAAAACUUCAAAGGAAAUACCACUCUUCACCAUGCAGCAUCAGUGGGGAGUGUGAGGAUGUGUCGUAGCAUCAUAGAUAAAGCAGACUCAACAACAUUGCUAAGUGUUCGCAACAAUGAAGGCGAGACUCCUCUCUUCUCAGCAGUACUUCAUGGUCACAAAGACGCUUUCGUUUACCUUGAUUCUAUCUGUUGCCCCGAAGAAAUCUCCAAUUACUGGACAAGGAAAAAUGAUGACACUAUUCUCCUUUGUGCCAUCUCUGAAGAACACUAUGAAUUGUCCUUGAUAAUACUACGCAAGUAUAGAGCUCUUGUAAACCUUGGUAAUAAAGAUGGCAUGACCCCCCUCCAUCUCCUAGCGAGUAAGCCUUCCGCCUUCAAAAGUGGCAACGAUCUACGAUGGUUUGAAAAUAUUAUCUAUCACUCAUUUGCCAUAACAGACGAACAGGAACUAUUUUUGGAAGCAGAUGAAGAGAACCUCGAAACACCACAAGUUACCCAUGGAGGACACCGAUCAACCAACGGAGCUACAGGGAAACAACUUCCACCAAAUUACAGAACCUGCUUUCAACUUGUAGAACCUGUAUACAAGGCAGUGUCAUCUGUAUUUGCAUUUAGCAAAAAGAAUGCAAGGAAUGCAGUCAAGGAAGUUGAUACAGAGAACCCUGAAAGAGCCCAAGGAGCUCAACGGCAUGAGCAUCAAUUCCAACUUCCACCUAAUUACAGUUCCUGCAUUUUAUUUGUAAAACUUGUCUUCAAGGGAGUGCUAUGUAUAUUUGAACCUUUGGAAUUGGUAAGGAAGGUAAGGAUGACGAAAGUGAGGCACACAUGGUCUAUUCUGAUCAUGAACGAGCUGCUGAAAAACGCUUCAAUGUAUCAAUAUUCAUCAGUACGCAAAAGCUUAAAAAACAAGCAUGAAAAAGAGAAAAACGAAAAGGAAAAUGCAGUCAUUGAUCUACCUGCAGAGGCAAUACUAAUUGCAGCAAAGAAUGGAAUUACCGAAAUGGUUGAGAAAAUCAUUGAAAUUUAUCCUGUGGCCAUGUAUGACGUGGAUAAAGACCAGAAGAACAUAGUGCUACUAACAGUGGAAUAUAAGCAACCAAGUGUAUAUGAACUCCUACUCUCACUCAGGGAAAAGAAUGUUAUAAAAGACAGUGUAUUUACUGAAGUGGAUCAUGAAGGUAACAGUGCAUUGCAUCUUGCCGCGACAAAAGCAGAAUUUAAUUGGCCAGUCCCAGGAGCUGCAUCCCAAAUGCAAUGGGAAAUCAGAUGGUAUGAGUACAUAAAGAACUCCAUGAAAAGAGGCUUCCUUCCUCUCCUCAACAAGAAUGGCCAAACCACAGAAGAGGUCUUCACCAAAAACCACGAGGAUCUUGUUAAAGAGGGUGGGAAUUGGCUAAUAAGCACAUCAGAUGCCUGCUCAGUAGUAGCAGGUCUCUUCGUCUCCAUUACCUUUUCCACGGCAACCGCCCUACCUGAUGGUAUUGAAGGGAACAAACACAGUAAUGCAUCCAAAAUUUUCGCGGGUUCAUCCUUUGUCUCCUUCUACUCUUCACUCUUAGCAGUAGUCAUGUUCCUUGCGAUUCUCACAUCUGGGUGUAGAGAAAGAGAUUUUCGCCACGCCUUACCAUGGAAACUUUUGCUAGGCUUAACAGCAUUCUACAUGUCUAUAGCUUCUACGUUGGUAUCUUUCACAACUGGACAUUUCUUCAUCUUCAGGGAUCAACUAAAAUUUGUGUCUUCCACCUCGUAUAUGGUGGCCUACCUGCUAGUAACAUUGUUUUCUAUGGGAGUAUUUCCUCUCUACUUUCAUUUGGCGUGGGCUACCUUGAAAAAGGUGCCACAACGUAAAUAUCGGGUGAAUAUUCCUCACUGGCUUUUGGAAGAUUAACUAGUAUUUACAUUCCAAUCUUCG